AAAGGGCGUAUGUCCAUUCCAGCCAACAGGCUACUUGAGGCAAGGGAAAUAGUUGCUUAGACCCAGUCCUGCGUUAUCGAGGGGAAACCAACACUCACCAGACAUUUGAUACAAAGAAAUUCCACGUCAACAGUCCAAAAGAACAUGUCGAACUCAAAAGUCACGCACCGUCGUGCCUUUCGCCGCACUGAUGACCAUACUAUAGGCACACCCAAGCUGCAGCUGAUUACAGAAGCCCUCCCACUACCCCUCUCACCAACCGCCGUCCUGCUGAGGAUUCACGCAGUCGCUCUCAACUAUCGCGACGCCAACAUAGCAAACGGGGGAAAUCCCUGGCCUGUUAUCCCACACGGCAUUCUGUGCAAUGAUGCAGCAGGCGAGGUAAUCGCCAUCGGAGACAAGGUGACAACUUUGACGGUUGGGGACCGAGCCGCACCCAUCACGGACACAGAGAACAUCUCCGGGCGAGAGACCAAGCGUUCGUGGUUGGCUGCAGACGAAGACGGAGUGAUGGCUGAUCAUAUCGUAUUUGAUGAGCGAGUUCUGUGUAAGCUCCCUGAGUACCUGGAUUGGGUGGAUGCCGCCAUGAUUCCGUGUGCUGGGGUGACGGCAUGGUCGGCGUUGAAGGGGAUGCGUAUUGGACAGACGGUGCUUAUUCAAGGGACGGGGGGUGUGAGUGUGUUUGCUCUCAAGCUUGCACGAGCUGCUGGUCUACGGGUGAUUCUGACAUCGUCGAGCGAUGAGAAGCUUCAUCAAAUGAAGAUGAAGUAUCCAAGUCCGCCAAUCUUGACUGUUAACUAUUCUCAGAUCCCUGAAUGGGAUCAGGAGGUGCUUAAGCUUACCGAUGGUGUGGGGGUCGACAUCAUCGUGGAAAACGGCGGAACGGGCUCCCUGGUCAAGAGUCUGAGAUGCACUCGACGAGGUGGGGUUGUCAGCCAGGUUGGCUAUCUUUCGAAGCAGAAUCCCGCAGACCUGCGUGAGCUGAUUCCUACUCUUAUUGACCGGAGAAUCAACCUCAGGGGCAUCAACGCGGGUUCAAAGCAUGAUAUGGAAGACUUUUGUGCCGCUCUGUCAGCUUCUGAAAUGCCGCUUCAUGAUCUUAUUGACAAGGUCUUCCCAUUUGAGCAAGCCGAGGAGGCUGUCGAGUAUGUGUGGCAGGGGAAACAGGUUGGGAAGAUUGUGCUCCGGCUUUAGACAAGUAUUGCAGAUACCGUAUCAGGCAAUCGGGAGUCUAGUCUCCUAUAAUUUAUGAUUGAUGGGUUCAGUUCUUGACACCUCACAAA